AUGAAGCUCGUCUGGCUCAGCCUUGUCCUCUCAGCACUAGGCGAAGACAAGGUAAGCAGUCCCAAACCAAGUAAUUCAGAAACGUACGCACAAAGAGCGAUAUCAUCGUGGCAAGCAAAACGAGAACAGAAAAAGAGAGAAAAAGAAGCUGAACGUAUCUCACGUAGAGCAAAGCGUAAAAAUGAGCGCAGAAAUAAAAAACCAUCUGACUUUGUCACUUUCACUGAUGCGCCUUCCACGAGCCCUUUUCCGACUCCAAGCAGCGAAAGUUCGAAUGCGAAGUCGAAUCACUUGAACGAUCCGCGCCCGAUGGACUCUGAGUACAUCCCAAAUUACAUGUCUCAUGACGAGGAUGACAUCCUCUACACACCGAGUUACGCCAUGUUUAUGGCUCAGUCCGGAGCCGACAUUUCCGACAUUCCGAUCGAAGCUAACGAAAAAACUGCCAGAGUUGCCGGUAUUCCUGGAAUCAUAAACCUCUGGGACAAAUAUAUCAAUCAGAAGAAUGGAAAAAUGCAGGUCCCAUACGCUUUUGAGCCCAGAUUCGACGAUUGGGGCCGCAAAGUCGUGGAAGAUGCAUUCGCCCUUAUUGAAAGUGAGAUGCCUUGCAUUGAAUUCAUCCAAGCUAACCCGAGACUUCAUCGCGAUUAUUUGUACAUGAUGCAGUCUCGUGGAUGUCACAGCUAUGUGGGCCGCAUAACAGGAGCUCAGCCGCUAUACCUCGACAUUCCGUGCCAGCGCGUUGGAGUGGCUACUCACGAAAUUUUCCACGCUUUGGGUUUCCACCACGAGCAUCAGCGGCUCGAUCGCGACAAGUACAUUCGCAUUGAGUGGGACAACAUUAAGUCAACAGGAUGUGGUGCCAGUAGGAAUGUUGGUUGUGGCAUCUACUUCCAGAAACUCAAGUUCACCAAGUUAAGCCGAGAUGGAACCGUCUUCAGAGCGCAGCGAAUCAAAGCAUCUACUGAGGACAUUCGACAGCUCUGUGAACUUUAUGGUUGCGACAAAUGCGCACAAGUUGAAGGUUCCGAUGCUAGAGCCUGUGACACAGCGCCGUACUCAACAUUUGAGCGUCGUGUUUGCGAUGGAUUCCAAGAUUGCGUCGAUGGAGCUGACGAGCGAGACUGCAAAUCUUGCAACGGCGACAAAUCUUGGCAGUGCACAGAUCAGCCUCAGUGUAUCCGGACAGAACAGCGCUGUGAUGGAUGGGCCGACUGCAACGAUGGAUCUGAUGAGCGUGACUGCAUCGCUACCUGUUGUAAUAAACUCGAACUCAACGGCAUUGUCUUUUCUCGAAUGAAACACGAGUUGAAUGGUCGACCAGUUUACUACAGCACAUCUGAAGACAAAUAUGUUUCUUUCUCCUACGAAGACUCGACAUGGAAUCUCGGACCCCAGCCCGGUAACAACGUUGCGGAUGUUCUCGCCAUUUCCGGAAAAAUUUGUCCCGAGCAAGUUGAAGAACCAUGGUACAAAUGGAAUCAAUACGGAGGACUCAAACCUUGCUGCUAUCCAAAGUGCUUGGACAAUGUUGCGCCUCCUAGAGAAGGCAGGCCAUGUGAAGAAAAACCUUGCCAGAAUGGCGGCGAAUGUACGGACGACGGUUACGAGUUUACGUGUAGUUGCCCCUCAGGUUACUAUGGGACACGUUGUGAACACGAAUCGUCUAUUUGCCAGACAAAACCUUGCUUAAAUGGUGGAACAUGUAUUCCUAAGGAAGACUCUUACACUUGUGAAUGCCCACUUGUCUACUUUGGUCCAAAUUGCGAACAUGGCUGCGAGCAUCCAUCAGAAGCAUUUGACGCUUCGCCCUCUGUUAUCUACGAUUGCAAGGACCGAGUGUGUCGGUUCAAAUGUCCUUCUGGUGAGCUAGCAAGCGUGAGAAAUCCAGCUGUGUGUUUUUGCUCUUCUGGUCAUUGCAAGUGGUACCCGAGUUCCCUCAGUCAGCAGAUAACUUGCCCAGAUGAAGAACCUCCUACUACCACAACUACGACCACAACUACUACUACAACUACAACUACUACUACUACUACUACAACAACCACUACUACAACAACAACGACAACUACUACAACAACGACUACUACAACAACUACGACUACAACAACAACAACUACUACAAAACGUACAACUAAACGUACAACAACUACAAAGAAGACGACAACUACUAGAAGAACAACUACUAAAAGAACUACAACAAUGAAAUUCAUACCUAAGAAGCCCACAACAAUGCCCCCAAAGGCAUUUAUGGUAACCGAAUCUGAUGAUAGCACUGGCAAUCGUGUUGGCAAGUGCCCGCGUCCAACAAACAAGCUCGACUCAGAUGUGUUGCCGAGGAGUGACUGCUUGAACAGAGGAAAGUGGACGAAGAACUACUCUUGCAAGCUAGAAUGCAAGGACAAGCGAAAGCGCCCAGUUGUUAACGAAAUGAAAUGCCGAUGUCGGCCAGGCAAGCUGUGUUCGUGGUUAGCGAAGAACGUUAAAAGAAAAGUUACAUGUCACUAA